AAUUUUCAGUCAUACUUUUCAAGAAAGAACAAAACACCCUUCAAUUAAAUUUCCCUAGAAAUGAAAAUAAUGCUAUCUUCUAGAUUCGCAACCAGCAUUUCCAAGAGAAAUCUCAGGUCCUCCUUCUUCUUCUCCGGCUACAGUUACCCCGACCGUCACUUAGUUAUACUUCAGCACCGUUCGAUCAUCACCACGUCACCUGUCCACUUCUCAUGGAUGGACUCGAUCAAAGGGGUCUUCACCGGCAAGAAGACCUCUCCAGAUGAUCCGAAAGUCAGCGCCGAAGACUUCACUCUCCUCCGAUUUGCCGAUGAAUUGAAGAAUGCUAGAAAACUAGGGCAAUUUAAGAAAUACAUUGUUGGUAGAAGCAGCGACGCCACAUUUGCGGAUGUUUUCGAGAAACAAGAAGCCAUCAUUAGAUACCUCGGAGUUUGUGAUCCGACUGGCGAGAAUCUUCAACCAAAUCAGAAGAAAGAAGCUGCAAAGCAGUGUGAUUGUACAUUAUUGGAUGUUGAGAAUGCGCUUGCAAAGUUCACUUGGGCGAAAGAAGCGCAUAAGAAGGUGGUUCAGCUGAAGGAGGAAGGGAAACCGAUGCCGAAGAGCUUUGCUGAGGUGCAACAGUUGAUGGGUUCUACACCAUUGGAUCUUGCCAGAUCUAACAUGGCAAAGAGUGGUCAAAUAAGUAGAAAUGCUCUUUGUCCAUGUGGUUCCAAGAAGAGAUAUAAAAGGUGCUGUGGCAAGGAUCAAUAGAAUCAAAGAUGAAGAUGAAAGCCAUACUUCAAACUCGGCUUACCGGAAUCUUCAAAACUGUUAAAAAGAAUCUUUAUGCAGUUGCAGAUGACAUUGUUGCCAUGAGUUUCUUGGUUCGUAUUCUUACUUGGAUAACUUUGCCUAUAUAUAGGGCGUUUUUGCUUAGGGAUAGUGUUGCUU